AUGCCAGACGACCUGGACAACCUCAAACGGAAACGAGCGGGGACCCGAGCAGCGGUCACCCGCACCACCGCCCAUCUUCGCGGGCUGUUGGCCUCAGCAACCCUCUCAGCAGAAGAUGUUGAAGUGGACCUGGAAUACCUCAUCGCUGGCAGAGCUACACUUCAGGAAUACGACCAGCAAGUCCUGGCAGCAACAAGCGGCGACGGGUACGAUGAGGAGUUGAACUCAGUUCUGGAGCGCGAGCAGGAGCUCGAUGCCGCCAUUACCAGAGCCCGGCGAGCGCUUAGGCUCGCCUCGCAAGCGGCUGGUACAGCAGGAACGACCGGCGGUUCCUAUGUAGCCCCAACUUCCCGAAGUAUUUCAUUGCCUAAACUGCAAAUCCCGAAGUUCGGAGGCAAGCUGCAAGAUUGGGCUCGGUUUUGGGAGCACUUCGAGGCUACGAUCCACAGCUGCAGUUCCCUCGCUGCCAUCGAGAAAUUCAAAUAUCUUCUGUCGUAUGUCACGGACGAUGCCAAGCGAGCAAUUGAUGGAAUUGGUCUCACCGGAAACAACUAUGAGAGUGCCAUCGCUGUCCUCAAGCGACGAUUUGGUCGCCCGGAUCUUUUAGCAACGGAGCAUAUUGAUAAAUUGCUAUCACCCCGCCCAGUACACAGUGCCACAGAGGUGGGUUCCCUGCGGAACUUGUACGACGACGUAUCCCGGCACAUGCGAGCCCUGGAAGCCCUGUCGAUCCCUCGAAGCAGCUACGGCGUCAUCCUAUACAGGGUUGUCACCCGGUGUUUACCCGCCGAGCUGUUUGUUCAGUUUCGGUAG